AUGGCUGCCAUUGAUGACAAUGUUGUUGGCACCACCUCAGAUUCUGAUUUUACCCGCUUUUUAAAAAGCAUAUCGCUUGAAAAACAUCAGCUUGAACUAGAACAAAUGGGCAUACAAUCUAUAGAUCACCUAGCAGACGUAACGGACGGCGAUGAUGCUGAGUUUGCAUUCAUGACAAAAUUCGAAUUUAGACGACUUAUCCGCGAAUAUAAGCAAUUUUGCAUUGAAACUGGCGCUGCAAAGACAAAUUCACCUUCAGGUAGUGCUUGUGGUUCAUAUAAAACGUCAAGUCAAUCUGUCAUUGUAAAACUGCCAAAGUCGUUCAGAAACUUCUUUGGCACACGCGACGGAAUGGGAAAUGUCGUCGUGGGAACGUCAUGUUUAAAAAGCAAGUAG